GUCCAGAAUCAGAUUGAAUUUAUUUCGUAUUGUAUUGCAAUAGAACGUACAUUUCGAAUAUACAUUUUUGUAGAUACUAUAGUGACAUUUUUUGGACUUGUAAAACAGGUCAGUCAAUAAAGAAAAGAAAACUUAAAAUUCAUUCUUUUAAUCCACAUACACAUACACGACAAACGAUUUCUAGGCAAAUAUUAAAGCACAUUUAAGUAAACUACUUGUAGGAACUUUUUGACGAUGAUCUUGAUAUGUGCAUAUCAACUAUAAACAGAAAGAAGAUAACAUUGGAAGAAAUGGGAAAUAUAAACAGAACGACGACAAGGAUGAUGAAAAGCUGAUAAUGAAUGGAGAAAAAAAAACGGAUAGCUAGUAGCAUUUUGAUGUUCGAUUUUUCCUAAAAUUAGCAGAAAUUGAAUUUCCCUGAAGCAUCGUCACACAUUCAAGUUUGUGUAACUAAUCCAGUAAUAUUCCAUGUCCAUUCUGGUUUUAAUAAUAUUGACAUUUUUUAUAUUAUCAAAUAAUCCGAAAACUGUUACACAUCAACAUUAUCCGAAUGAUGAUAGUAAAAAUGAAGUGGUCGUUCCAUCCAAUAAUAAUAAUGGUGGUGAUCAGGUAAAAAGAGAAUGGAAAAUUAGCCAAGAUGGAACAGUCGUUCAUCAUGGAGAUCAUAUGAUUCUUGGUAGAAACUACACUAUUAAUAUUAAUAAUUCAAAAAAAUGCAAUGAUUUGCAUAAUGAUACAAUUAGUUUUUGAUUGUCAUUUUAUCAAGUGUGGGAAAUUUUGACCGAAGACAAACAAUAAGAGAAACCUGGGCAUUAGAUUUGUUGCAACAAUUAGGUAAUUACAGAGUUAUAUUUAUGGUUGGUUUGACCAAUUCAAACGAAAUACAAGAACGAUUAAAAUUCGAAAGUCUUAUUCAUGAAGAUAUUGUACAGAUAAAUAUACAGGAUAACUUUUAUAAUUUGACACAUAAAUCAAUUCAUAUGCUUUUUUGGUAUAUCAAUCAUUGUUCGAAUGCACAAUUUUUAUUCAAAACCGAUGAUGAUAUUUAUCUACAUAUUCCCAACAUCAUAAAAUGGUUGAAGAAUGUUUCCACAAAAAAUUGUAAUAAUACAAUUUUUUGUCGUCGAAAUAUUUCGAGAAAAAUCUUACGAAAUGCUAAUAUCAAAGAUUUAUUCUUAUACUCAUCAUUUGGCAAAACCAAUGACAAACAACUAAUUGAACGGUCAAGGAAAAAAUUUCAAAAAUAUGUUGUCGAAUAUAAACAGCUUCCAGGUAAUUUAUAUCCAGAAUAUUGUUCCGGUUUUGGAUAUGCGAUAAGUGAGAUGGUUGCGAAGAAAUUAUUUCAAGCAAGUAAAACUAUACCAUAUAUUGGCAUCGAAGAUGUAUUUAUCACCGGUUUUUGUCGUUACAAAAUGAAUAUAACCAUUACUGAUACUAUACUAUUACGUCUGAAUCCAGUAAUUCUUCCAAUUGAAAGUCGUUGUGUAUUUGAUACAGACAGAAUCACGAGUAAUGAAUUAUCCAAUCAUGACAUGAAAAUAAUGUGGACACAUGUUAAUACAAAAGGAUAUUAUUGUAAAUUCUCAAAUAUUACAAACAUGAGUAAUCCUGUAUAAUUUUAAAUUUUAAUUGAAGAGAAUAAUUUUUGAAAACUAUAAAACAAAUUUUUCAUUA